AUGACGACCCUGCAAACCGUUCCGACUUCUUUUGUCUCCGUCAAUGGGUUGAGAAUUGCCUACCGGCGCUUCGGAGCCAGCAGUCCAUUGCCUUUGGUCUAUGUCACUCAUCUUCGUGGUAGCAUGGACACGCUCGAUCCGCUUUUAUUCAAUGGCAUCGCCGAAAGCCGCGAAGUGAUAGUCUACGAUAGUGCUGGCAUCGGACACAGCGAAGGAACCGUGCCGGAUUCUAUUCCCGAGAUGGUCGCGGUCCUUGUCAACCUCCUCGCUGCGCUUGAAAUCCCAAAGGCCGAUUUCAUUGGCUUCUCCAUGGGUGGCGGCAUUGUACAGUAUCUGGGAUAUACAUACCCUCAGCUUGUCAACAAACUGGUCCUGGCCGGCACUCAGCCCGGAAUCGGCGAAGGUGUGGCUUUGCCUCCGCGGGAGGUCCUGGAGAGUGCUGGAGCAAACAACGACCAACCGCCGACGGAGGAUGACAUGAUGAAGCUUUUCUUCUAUCCCUCCGAGACCAGCCUCGGCCUCGGCCAUGCCUGGUGGAAGCGUAUCCACGAGCGAAACGUUGAAGGCGAACCCCGGAAGGGAUAUCUCACUGGGACCGGGGCUCAGUCGCAGCUCUCUGCGAUUUUCAAAUCCACCACUGAUACUAGCACCUUCGAUCGCUUGGUAGACAUCAAGGCCCCGGUUCUUGUGACCAACGGCCAUACGGACAUCAUGUCGCCCACCUCAAACAGUUUCGUCUUGCAGCAGGAGAUUCCCAAUGCCCAGCUGCAUCUUUACCCUGACGCAGGGCACGGACAUCUCUUCCAGGUGCCAGAGCUUUAUGCAAAGCAGCUUGAGCUGUUCUUGAACAACUAA